UAUGGCUACACUUUUCGGAUUGGAACUACCCGGAAAACAAAAACAGCUCUUGAUUGUGUCAUCUUUGGUACACCUUUUUUCAGCCUGAUCUUUGGUAUCACUGGACCUGAUCUUCUUGGCUCCAGCCAGCAAGCCAACUUCGCUGUCGGUCAUGGACCAACGAUGCUAGAUGGCCACCAUGAAUCUAUGAAGCCAAUGUUGAUGAAUAUGCUACAUUCUAAUAGCCUUUCGGCCAACGCUUCAGUACCACAAUUGUCUGGCGAUCAGAUACCUGGCCCUCCUGGACGCGGCGUGUCUGGCUUCCUGCUGCGUCCGAUUCGGCCAACAAAGCGACGAGACAAAGAUCCUGCGUUGCCGGUCGGCGGAGAGCUCGUAGCUACAGCCGAUUCAAUUAUCGGCCGGUUCAAUCUGGGCCUCGAGGUUCUGCGACCGCAUGUAAUCGCGCUCUCUUCUGAUCACCAUCAGCCCCAGACUGAGGCGUGGAACUUGAGAAGUUCGGGACCGAGUAGCCUGUUUCUUGGACAGAUUAGCCCGAACAAUGUGACUCGACUCGACGUGGCUCUACUUCAGCAAGGUUAG